UUUUAAGAUUUAUUUGGGCUAAUUGGGCGUAAUGUGUCUUUGAACUUCAUUCCAGAAAAAAGAGAACUCAUCUUUGGCUGGUGAAUUGCCGCACCUCUUCCUUUUCUCUCCGUGAAGCCAUCUCCAUUUGAGGUCUGAAGUUGCUUGCAUGAAGUAUUUUUAUUGUAGCCAUUCAUUAAGAUAGCAUAGCAUAGCAUUGUAGAUCUGUUUCAGUGCAUCAGAGACUGAAAUUGACUCACAAAGUUUGACAAAAAUGACAGAGAUAUUCGGUUACACAACCUGCAGACAGUUAUCUCAGAUGUUUUUGGCCAUUAUCUUCUUUCAUGGUUCUGAAUACAUUCUAGCAGUUGCCUUUCAUGGGAAAUCAAAUGUUACACUCAAGUCACUUCUGAUCAGCAAGAACUAUCUUCUGGCGAUGAUAUUAUCAUUGCUUGAAUACUUCAUUGAAAUUUCUUUAUUUCCUGCAUUGAAGGAAUAUUGGUGGGUGACUAACUUAGGCCUUGCACUUGUCUUAAUUGGGGAACUCAUUCGGAAAAUAGCAAUUAUAACAGCUGGGCGGGCCUUCACACAUGUUAUCAAGAUUUAUCAUGAGGAGCAUCACAAGCUAAUUACUCAUGGAGUCUAUAGUUUUGUUCGUCAUCCGGGAUAUACUGGUUUCUUCAUCUGGUCAGUUAGCACUCAGAUAAUGCUCUGUAAUCCCAUAUCGACAAUUGCAUUUGCAGUUGUUGUCUGGAGCUUCUUUGCAGACCGGAUACCAUACGAAGAGUUUUUCUUGAGACAGUUUUUUGGGUCUCAAUAUGAGGAAUAUGCUCAGCGAACUCCAUCCGGGAUUCCAUUUGUGAAGUGAAGACCUUAUAGAGCUUGAGGCACACUUGCAUUCAUUUUGCCAUUGCUAGUCUAAUGUGCAUCUACUCGAGGAAGCCAGAGGAAAACUGCAGUGCUGUUCUAUCAAGAUGAUUUGGAACUUAUUUAAAACUGCACUGAUCAACCAUAGGUAAGCUAUCUCUGUAUGUUAUGGCUUUGUGCUUGGUGCAAGCCUAUGUCAAUUGGUAUGUAUGCUUGUAUUGGAAUGCUUACGAUUGGUUUUUUGGAUUUGUCGAACAUCUAUCGGAUCUCAGACUCCAUUGUUGUAAGGUUUUUAAUGAUGCAAGCUCCAUAUGUUUGAAAAUAA